AUGCUGGAGGUGAGAGCAGUAAGGAAUGUUAUUGCCUCCUACUCAAAGUAUCCAGUAACUAGGAAGUGCCUGAUAGGCAGUGUGCUGGGGCAUCCUCAAUGUCUGGACUAUGGGCCACCCUUCCAUCCCACUUUUCACUUGGGAUUCUUCUCUGCCUAUGAAAAUUUUGGCUGCUGUGACCAGGAAAGAGACAACAGCAUCACAGCAAAAUACUGGAACAUGAUGGAUUAUAUUGAUCCCCAGGGGCAUAAACUGUGUGGAAUGUAUAUCAAAGAUAUCCUGUGUCAGAAACUCCCAGGACUUUGUUUUGACUACUGCUCUGAGUCUCACUUCAGCUGCCACUCUGCCAUCAACCUCCUGAUGAGCAAUAAGCACAUCCAAGAACGCAAGACAAACAAGACGGUUUUUUGCAACCUCCUUCACCUACAUGAUGAGGACUACUGCUUCCCAAAUGUGCUGAAGAACACAGCCCUCAACUGCAGCCUGGGCUUGGUGCUUGAGGACCGUGCAGGCUGCCUCCAGCUGUGUCUGACAGAGGUUGCCAAUGGCUUGAGGAACCCAGCGGUCAUGGUGCUUGCAAAUGGUGACACUCACCGCAUAUUCAUAGCUGAGAAGGUGGGAGUAAUCUGGGUCUAGCUACCUGAUGGCAGAUGGCUGGAGGAGGCCUUUCUGGAUAUUAAAAUUAUAGUGCUGGCUAUGCCAUGGAGAGGGGAUGAGAGAGGCUUUCUGGGGAUGGCUUUCCACCCCAAGUACAAGUACAAUGGGAAGUUUUAUGUCUAUUACUCAUACAUGGAUAAGAAGCGAGUAGAAAAGAUAAGGAUAAGUGAAUUGAAGAUUUUGGCAUCUGAUGUCAGCAAAGCUAAUCCACGUUUGGAAAGAAUCUUCUCAUUCCCAGUCACCCUUGUUCAGGGACCUUAUGGGGUCAGGAAUACGUGGCGCUGUGCGGUUGACAGAGGGGACCCUGUCCCCAAAAAGGGAAGAGGGAAUUUCUGUGGGGAUGUUGGGCAGAACAGAUUUGAAGAAAUCAACAUCAUUGUUAAAGGAGUGAAACAUGGCUGGAGAGGGAAGGAGGGAUUUGAAUGUUAUGACACGGCUCUGCCACAAUUCCUCUUUGGGGAUGUUUUUGAUAUUGCUGAGCAGGUCUUACACGGAACCAAGAUCUCUUCUGCUCCUCACACCACCCUGCCAGUGUGGUACCAGGCUGGGGGUGCACAAGGAUUUAGGAGGAGACAAAGCCAUCAUUUCCAUUUAGGUGAGCUGUAUUUUAUGUCUACUUCUUAUCCCAGUGCCUACGCACCACAUGGAUCACUCUACAACUUUUUUGACCCUGUCAGGACAGUUCCACCAGGGAAGUGCAAAUACAAGCCUGUGUUGAAAGCAAAGAGUAAACAGAUACCAUUUGUUCCAUGUGCAAAUAAGUUGUUAAGAAAAUCAGCAGUAUCUCUAAUAAGGGUUUCUAUCAGUGAUAUCUCUGAAUUAAUCUUUUGCCUUAAAGUAGGUUUGCUGAACCAUAUUAAAUUACUUUUCACAGAGACUGUCCUUGAGCUGCUUAAUGCACCUUCAACAACCCAGCCUCCGAAAAAUUCUUCUACCCCCACUGCAGCCAUCCCAACAGUUUCUUCUGAGAAAGCAAAAAAGACCCUAUCCAUGAAAAUAAAAGCAUCAACAGUGAAAACAGCUCUGUCUGAUAAAAGAAGACAGAAGAACAAAGCUGAGGCAAAACCUCACAAGCCAAAGCAGGAAGAGAAGAUUGCACGUAUUUCCACAGCUACACCAAUACCACCUUUGCCAAAAACUAAAGAGCUCCCACCUAACCAGAAGCAAGAAACUUCUUCCAAAGAAAGCAGCACUAGGAAAAACUGGAGAAGAGGAAGAAGGAGAGUAGAUUAA